CAUCAAGUUAAUCUUAAGUUAAUUUUGCGAAUUAGAAAGUUUCGUAAAUCAUUACAAUUGCUUUUUAUUAUUAUCAUUUUACCUUAAUCAUGGCUAAAUUGUGAAGAGAAUUAAAAUUUAAAUUACUAUUAAAUUUUACUCACGUGAAUUAGUAAUCAAGCAACUAAAUUAAUCAGAAAUGUUCAGUCUAUGUUCAGUUACAUAGGAAUUGAAAUUAACCAAGUAUUGGAUUAAAAUGCUUCGUAAUCAGUUAAUUGUUACGCUAAUUGUAACUCUUUUAAGCGGUAAUAUUAAAGCCCAAGAAUCAACAACAAUUAAAGUUACAACUGAAUCAGAAUUGGAGUCAACAUCAACAAUUUCAACAACUACAGAGUUAAUUGUUGAAGUUAAAACUCAAGAAUCUGAAUCAACAACUGAUUACAAUUUGACUGAAACAAUUAAUGAUCUAACGACAACUGAAUUAAGUGAAACACCAUCACCAACAACAACUGAAUCAAGUGAAAUAAAGACAACAAUUAAACCGAUUGAAAUAGUUGAUUAUUCAAGUGAAUUAUUUAAUCGUGAUUGUUUAAAUGCUCACAAUCAACUGAGGUCUCGACAUGGAGUUGGCCCGUUGAAGAUUGAUAAUAAUAUAAUUAACUUCGCUCAAGCUCGAGCCGCUACUUUGGCCUCGCUCAACGAUACAUCUUAUUUACUUCACGAGGCUUCAUCUUAUGGUGAAAAUUUAGCUGCUUGGCCUUUAAUUGCUUCCAAACCGAUUGUUAAUUGUUCCGAUGUGGUUUCAAUUUGGUUUGAUGAAUACAAAUACGUUUCUAAUUGGUCAUCUGAUGAAUCAUUUACACCUUACACUUAUCAUUUCACUCAAAUUGUUUGGUCAUCAACCGAUUCACUAGGUUGUGGUGCUGCAGCAAUUAAGGGAUCCGAUUGGUUAUUCAUUUGUUGUAAUUAUAAUCCACCGGGUAAUUAUCUUAAUUCAUUUGUUGAUCAUGUUAAACCGCCGAUUGAUCAAUCGGUGUUUAAUGAAACAAUUAAUGAAGUUCAUCAUCCAACACAAAUUGGUAAAAAUUGUAAGUGUACCUGUCAAGUUGAACUUUGAUUGAUUUAAAUUGAUUAAAAUACUUUUUUUCAUUGAUGUUA